CUACUUUGCCCCUGGUGGAAUUGCAAAUUCACUGACUGUUUCCUAAGGUGCACACCAUCUUAUGUGAAGCGGGCGUUCUACCGUGUACGAAGGUGUGAAACAUGGACCCUGCACGAAUGUAGCAGGGCAGGCAGAGAGUUGAAAACGAGCUGUACACCAGCGGUUUGGAAGUGAUAUAAUGUAUUUCGGUUUGGCCCUUGUUUGCAAUGAAUAUCCUGAGGAUCUUUGCACACUCGCUUCCUGUUUGCUGAGAUCCUAUAGGUUUGAAGACGAGUGAGGUGCCUUAUAGUUUAUUGGAUCGCCAUGAAUACUGCGAAAAAACCUCCCUGAGGUAAUAGCAAUCCUUGGAAAGGGAUAUCUGUGUAAUCGCCAACAGCUGACAAUGGAUACUUUUAAAAUUAAUGAGGAGCUAAUUAUUGGAGCUCAAUGUCUAACCCGUGGCUGGCAAACCACGUUUCCAGUCUAGGAGUACAUUCGACUCUAACCACAUCCCCUAAUCGCACCGCAAUGGUUGAGCAUCCGAUCUACACAUUUGAUCAGUUGAUUAAACGGCAACGGUUGCUGCUGAAGCUGAUCGGUGUGGAUAGUUACGAUCCAAAGUUUCGCUUCCACGGACUAACCUUCUUAUUUGUGUGUUUGGCACUGUUCUUUUUCGUGGUUUCAUUGUACGAUUUGUUUCUCUUCAAGAACGACAUGUUUAACUUUGUCUAUGUGUUGAUUACGAUCUUCUUUGCCACCAUCGGUCUUGGUCGGAUAUCGGUAUUUUUGGUGUACAGCAAAGUGUUACCGAACUUGCUGCUCCAAACCUACUACACGUACCAGGUGAUAAAGAAUGACGAGCGUGAACUACGUAUUCUAGGCUGGUACACCCAGCUAUUCCAGCGUGCUGUCAACGGGUACACGCUUGUGUUUAUUGGUACAUCCAUUGCUGCCGGCAUACUUCCGAUCGGUAUCUAUCUGAUGACUGGGGAGCGUGUACUACCGUACGGUGUGGUACUUCCAUUCAUCGAUCCGUCCUCCCAGACGGGGUACGAAUUGAACUACAUCUAUCAGGUAAGCUGCAUCAUCUGGACACCGCCCGGGCUGGUUGCAUCCGAGUGCAUGAUAUUUGCGCUGGUACUCAACAUCUGCAUUCAGUAUGACAUCCUGGGAGUACAACUACAGGACCUAGACGAGCUGAUUCGCUCCCAAGGUCCAAUGCGGGAGGUAAUGAUUGCCCAAAAGUUACGCACCAUCCUGCAUGGACAGCAGCGACUCUUUAGCUUCAUCACGACCAUUGAAGAUUCGCACACCGUACUGUCUGGAGUGGAGGUACUCUCGCUUGGACUACAGAUUGUAAUCACGCUCUUUGUACUGCAGUUUUCUCUCUGGAUCCCUGGUCUGGUGCUGAUACCGGCAUUCACACUGCAACUCUUUCUGUUCUGUCUGCUCGGCACUAUCAUUGAGGAUAAGGGUGUUAAGUUUUCGGACGGCGUAUAUAACCUUACCUGGAACGAACUGUCGUUGGGAGAUCAAAAGAUUUUUCGCCUAUUGCUCCUGAGUUCUCAACAAACCAAAACGCUCACGUGCGCGCGAAUGACACCGAUCUGCUUGAAUCUGUUCGUUAAUGUGCGUAAGUUAAUGUAAUAUUGGUAUUU